GCGCGGGCCCCAUAGCUUUGCACCUUGCAGGCGGGCGGCUGCCGGGCGCCCCGGCGCAGCGACUCCCACAGGACGGCACAGUCUAGUUUCCGCAAACGUUCCUCUCCCUGCGGCCUUUGAGGCGGAUUGCUGGGGCCAAUGUCUUCUUCGAAACGUGUUGAUUGAUGCGUGUUUUCCCUCUUUUGCCGUGUUUUCCCCUCUUUAGGACAAGGGACAUAAACCUAGCCAGGUGACACUCCUGGGAGAUCAUGACCAAAAAAAGAGUCGCCGUGAUUGGGGCAGGAGCGAGCGGGCUGUCUUCCAUCAAGUGCUGCUUGGAUGAGGGCUUGGAGCCUGUCUGCUUUGAGAGGACCAAUGACAUCGGAGGGCUCUGGAGGUUCCAGGAAAAUCCCGAGGAAGGCCGGGCCAGCAUCUACAAAUCUGUGAUCAUCAACACCUCCAAGGAGAUGAUGUGCUUCAGUGACUACCCCAUUCCAGAUCAUUUUCCCAACUUCAUGCACAACUCCCAGGUCCUGGAGUAUUUCAGGAUGUAUGCCAAAGAAUUUGACCUUCUGAAGCAUAUUCAGUUCAAGACCACUGUGUGCAGUGUAAAGAAACGGCCUGAUUUUUCCACUUCCGGUCAGUGGGAGGUGGUGACUGAGUGUGAAGGGAAAGAGGAGAUGACUGUCUUCGAUGGAGUCUUGGUUUGCAGCGGCCAUCACACCACCGCUCACCUGCCUCUGGACACCUUUCCUGGGAUUGAGAAGUUCAAAGGACAGUACAUGCACAGCCGAGACUAUAAGAACCCAGAGAUGUUCAAAGGAAAGAGAGUCAUUGUCAUUGGCAUUGGGAAUUCUGGAGGGGACCUGGCUGUGGAGACCAGCCACACAGCCAAGCAGGUUUUCCUCAGUACCAGGAGAGGGUCUUGGAUCAUGAAUCGUGUAGGGGACCGUGGAUAUCCUAUUGAUAUAUUGCUCUCUUCUCGACUUGCCCAAUUUUUGAAGAGGAUUUGUGGUGAAAAUUUAUCAAAUUCAUUUCUGGAGAGAAAGUUGAACCAAAGGUUUGAUCACACAAUGUUUGGUCUGAAGCCUAAACACAGAGCUUUCAGUCAACAUCCAACAGUAAAUGAUGACCUGCCAAACCGCAUCAUUUCUGGCUCUGUCAAGAUAAAAGGGAACGUGAAGGAAUUCACCGAAACAGCUGCCAUAUUUGAGGAUGGCUCCAGGGAGGAUGACAUUGAUGCUGUUAUUUUUGCUACAGGCUAUAGUUUUUCCUUUCCUUUUCUUGAAGACUCUGUUAAAGUGGUCAAAAACAAGGUGUCUCUUUAUAAGAAGGUCUUCCCCCCUAACCUGGAAAGGCCAACUCUUGCAAUCAUAGGCUUGAUCCAGCCCUUGGGAGCCAUUAUGCCUAUUUCAGAGCUGCAAGCACGUUGGGCCACUCAAGUGUUUAAAGGGCUAAAGACAUUACCUUCACAAAGCGAAAUGAUGGCAGACAUAACUGAGACUCAAGAGAAAAUGGCAAAAAGGUAUGUGGAGAGCCCACGCCAUACCAUUCAGGGAGACUACGUAGACACCAUGGAAGAACUUGCUGAUUGUUUGGGGGUCAGGCCAAAUCUGCUCUCUCUGGCCUUCACUGACCCCAAGCUGGCGUUAAAAUUGCUUGUGGGACCCUGUACGCCAAUCCACUAUCGUUUGCAGGGUCCUGGAAAAUGGGCUGGGGCUCGAAAAGCUAUCCUCACCAUUGAGGAUCGUAUCAGGAAGCCUUUGAUGACAAGAGCAGUUGAAAGAAGUGAUUCCACAACUUCAACAAUGACAGUGGGCAAGUUGGUGCUAGCUGUUGCUUUCUUUGCUAUUAUUUUGGGUUAUUUUUAACCAUUACUUGUCAUUGCACCAGUUUUCUUGAGAAGCUAACACAGAGAUGCCUUCAGAAUUUGACACGAUCAAAGACCUUCCUGUUUCAAAUUGCCAGAAUUCUGCUUGUAUUUCUCUUUGGAAAGCAUUAUCCCUCUCUUCAUUUUCCUUCAACUUUCUAGGUUCUCAAAUCAUGCUAAUAAUAAGGCAUCUGCAAAUUGGGUCAAAUUGGUUGAAAAUUCAGAUUUUUUACAGUGGCUAUCUUAUCUUUUCUGAUCUGUCAGUUCCCAUAUCUGAGAAUCCAACAAAACUUUAUCUUAGGAAACAGGAGAACUAGCUGCUAAUGGUUGUAGUAGUGUGAUCUACAAAAGUGACUUAUCUCCCCUAGCUCCAAUUUCCUCUCCUUUUUCUCCAUGGAGUUUAAUUAAUAAGUAGCAGAAGAGAUCAUUUAUGUGUUAAAUUAGACUUGAGAUUAACUAAAUGUGGAAGUAGUCUGCUUAAGCCAGCUGUCCUUGGUCACACUACGGAGUACUGAGAAACAGAACAAAUGAAGUGGAAAGCA